AUGGCUGUUUGUAGGUUCGUUGAAAGAGUUGCUGCCGAGUUUGACGAUCGCGGUGAAGAAUUCGAUCCCACGGUAUCACAAUCUGUGGAAGAAGGUCUUUUGCGAAAAGAAGAAUUUUUGUCAGCAGUUUUUUGUUGUGCAAUGGAAUUGGCGCUUUUCGUUCAGGGCAGUGAGCGAGUGUUCCCAUGGUGUUUAGAGGUUGAACAGUUUCAUGGUCUCUGUAUAGAUGUUUGUGGUCUACCGGCGCUUAGCUUCCAGAAAAUCAUCGAAGUAAUUGUGAGGAACGAACCUCGUCUCACUAGAGAUAUGGUUCGCCACCUGAACAAGGUGGAAGAACGAGUUUUAGAAGAACUGGCUUGGUCACGCGAUAGCCCUCUUUGGACAUUGUUAAACAGAAAACCAGAUAGUGUUCCAAGUUGUGAUGAGGCAUGGGGUAAUGCAAAAAAUAUCUCCUCCAUUAAUUCGCCAUCGAAGAGAAUACGCUUUGAUGUGGAACGCAGUAGUUUUUCCCAGACUCAACUACCUCCUUGUAAUGCUCAGAAGUCUUUUUUCAGUAAAGUCUAUUACCUUGCUUCUAUACGUCUUUCGGAUAUCUGUGAAAGAAUUCGGAUAGAUGACCGUGGUAAACGAAUGAUGUGGACAGUUCUGGAACACAUAUUAAAGCAGGAAUGGUUACUGUUCAUGGAUCGUCAUCUGGAUCAAAAUUUGCUGUGCAUAGUGUAA